CUGGCCUGUCAUUUCUGAUUUUCAUUUACAAUCUUUACUUACCUGUCAUUAGUCCAUUUAAUCCACAACCUUGAUUUCAUAUUCUUUCAUUUCCACCAACUCUCACAGACUGUCCUAAAAUCAGUGCAACUCCACCCAACCAGCUUCAGUUUCAUUAUUUAUUAAUGGGUUUUAAGCUACUUCUUUAAUUUUUAUUAGUCAUUUUUGGGAAAUGAGUGGUUUUUGUUUUUUCUGAGUGAUUGUUCUGAGGUCUGGACUCUGGAAUUCGUCAAGUUCAAGAAGUGUCCCAUGUUUUUUACCCGUCUGGUUGGUCACGAAUCAGGUGCUUUUGUCUCACCUGCAAUGAUGGUUUUAUAUAGAAAUUUGCACCCAGUUGGCUUGUGAGAAUUUUCUGUGAUUUUAAUCAAGUUGGUGUUCAGAAUUUCGGAAAAGGGCAACUGCGUUCCGGCUAAGGUGCUUCACUUGAGCCCUAAGAUGCGAAUGCUCGUGUCGCUGGAGCGAUGUUGUGUUACAUUGUUGCUUGGUUAGAUGAUUGAUGGUGAAAUUUGGAGUUUCAUUGCUAGAGCAGUUGGUUACAGGAGCUUUUGUUGGAAGAGUUCUCCUAUCCUUGCAUUGAAUUUUGUGUUAUUACAUGUUCUAAAUAUUUUAGACGUUAUUACUGCUGAACUAGCUUCUUUCCUAAUUUAGCUGGUAGUUUUCUGAAAUCUGAUUGCCAUCCUUUUUCUUGAAGUCAAGAGAAGAAGCUAUUUUGAGUCAUAAUCUUGUUAUCGGUUCUAUAUUCUUAUGGCCUUUGGUGCAUCAUGAUUUAUAUGUAUACUGCCUGCAAUAGAAAUCUAAAUAAAUCACAAUGAGUGUUAGUGGGUUAGACUUGGUGGGGAUUCUGCUGAUGGGGACUCCAAUGGCUAAGUAAUAUCAUGGUAGAGAUGUAUAAAGUUACUCAUUAUAUAAUUUUACUGGCAAAAAUUCAAAUUUACUGUAAUCCCAAGUGCGUGUCAGAUUAUCGGGUUUACAUUUGAUCUAGAGGAGCUUCAGGCUACAGGGUGGCAUGUAAAAUUGUCAUUCAAUAGGGAAUGGUGGAUAUUGCUUAAAUCAUUGAUGCCAAAGAUCUCCAUGUGCAUAAUAAAUGCUUAUAGUGAUAGGCAACUACAGGGCUGUUUGGGAUCUAAUUAGUGCUUGAUUCAGUGGUUACCCACUGACCAAGUUUGAUAUAAAUACUCAGCAUAAAUAGAAUGAGAGCCUAAAUUUUGUCCCUCUUUAGUUUUUAAUGUUUUAGAUCAGAAAUAUUGCAAGACUCUUCUGGUUAGCUAAGCAUGAUUAAACCACGAAAGUUAUACCCAAUGAGCCUUAAGACUAUGCCCAUGCUAAUAUGGCGUUGAAGUGGACUGUCAAUAUGAACAAAAUAUGGCCAACUUGGAUUAUGUGAACCCUUAGUGAGCCUAAGGAGCCUACAGAUGCUUCUCUUUUACAAAUAAAGGGAUCUCAAAAAUGAAUUUAAGCGCCCCAUGAGGUGGAAAAAUUUUGAAACCAGUACCACUUGGUAGUUUUUAGGAUUCAGGAGUACCUUCCUCUUCCAAGUCAACAACUUAUCAGCACAGACUUAGCAUGAGCACACAUCCAUUACCGAUUAGAGAGAAUUGAAAACAAUAUCAAUGACUUAUCAACCGUAUCAAUAGAAUCAAAAGCAUCAAAGUUCAGGAUUUUUCAUACCAUUAGCCCUUUUGUCAGUAUGAUAAUAUCUAAACAUUUUUCUCUGUUUUAAUGUUAUUUCAGGAGAUGAUAGCAAUUUGUUAUUAAGUGAGUUCGUUUACAACCUAAAGUUCAGAACACGGCCCUUUUACUCGAUUGGAGAUGCAAAGAUGGGGAAGAACGGGAAGAUCUCGGAAUACAGAGAAAGGCUGGACAGGACACUGGCAUCCCCUGAUCUGACAAACGAUGAUGCACUUAAAACCCUUUUGAGGAAUCAGCUUCUGAGGUCCUCUCCUAAUGAGAAUGAAGGAUGUAGUGAGAAUGUACUUGAAAAAAAGAUGACUGAAGUAUCCUAUUUUCUUGACAUGUUGAGGAGUGCUUCUGCUAGUGAGCAUGAAACAUCAAAAGCUGCUCAGACAUCACACGGUGAAUGGAAAUUAAAAGAUGAUAAUGAAGAGUACCGUGUCAUGUAUCGCCAAGGACCUCAUGGUACUGGCCUUCAUAAAUUACUUGUUGAAGGCUAUGUAGAUGGGCCUGUUGACGCUUGUUUAUGUAUCUCUUGGGAGUUGACCCUCUAUAGGAAAUGGUGGCCACAGAUUAUUUUCCCACCUUUUAAAAUCACAGUCUGCAAAUUUUUGCAGAAAGUUCGGAUUGGUGAACAAAUAUCUUUAGUAAGGGUGAAGAUUAUGUGGCCCCUAUCAGCUAGGGAGGCUGUUGUGCACUAUUUUUUAUUUGAAUACCUCAAAGAUGGUCUGGUGGUUGUACUUGCAAAUACGAUCUCGGAUUUGGAGAACAUUGACAAAACUACCCAUGGAUUUACCAGGGAUGGGAUCCCUGAAGUGAAGGAUGUAGUAAGGAUUGAUGUAGUAGGAGGCUUUGCUAUACAAAAGGUGACCACAGAAAGAAGUUACUUUCGGACUAUAGCAACUAUGGAUUUGAAAUUGGACUUUGUCCCUCCAUCACUUAUAAACUUUAUCUCAAGGCAGCUUAUUGGCAGUGGUUUCAGACUCUAUCAAAAGGCGGUGGCCUCUGUGUCUAGCUAUGAUGAAGAUUAUAGCAAAGCUCUGGAGGAUCCUAUGUACGCUCGAAUACGCGAGUCUCUUUAUCCCAUUGAUGAGACAAAUGAGACUAUGGAAGGGAAAGAACUCAAAUAUGAUGCCUGCCGUCCACUGCAACAGCAUUCUACGAAAGAUAUGCAGAAAAGCUUGGAAAAUAUGGAUCAGAAAGUUCAGAGAGAUACAAAAGCAGUUGGUGAAAUUGAGGAAGAAGAGAGUGAUGUUAGUGUAGAAUUAGAGAACCAUGGCAAAAGUACAAGUCAACCCUUAACUGAUAAAUUUGCACAGAAGAGUCCUCUGAACGGAAAAGCAAAUAUUCGAGUUAGUGCCGAGGUAGAACAAGCUUUAGAAACUCUAGAGAAGGCCACCUCUUUGGUCCGGCAACGAGGAUUUAAUAGUCUAGGCAGGUUUUCCUCUGACAGCGAAGAUACUCCGAAUCUACAAAAGGGUGCAGAAAAGGAUUCAACUUUUGUAGAAGAUGGAAUGUCUUCAGAUUCUGUGGUCUCCGUUGAAGUACCCGAAACAGUUACAAUUUUGGAAAGGACUUCACAUGAAUCCAGAAAUAGCUUCAGCAAUUGUGAUAUCAGGCGUGUAGGAUCAAAUUCUUACACAUAGGAGGUGAGCCAUAACAAGAUAGCACCAGCAUCACCAGAACAAUAUCUUUCAAUGCCCAUUGAAGUACAUGGCAUCCAUGAAAAUGGUUUUCAGAGAGGGAAGAUGAGCCGCCGGAAAAACUAUAAGUUGUGUUGCUUUGGCCUGAGCCGCGGGUAGAUGAUAUGAGAGGGAAAGUGAAACGAGUCAACGAGCCACAUCAAAUUACAUAAAGGGGUUGUUUUUAGUAAAUUUAUUUGUAAAAAAUAUUAGAAAAUUCUGUUUUUUUCAAUACUACUCCAUUUAAUAGUUUUCUUAUAAA